ACGAGGGGUAACGCGCGCAUGUCGCCUCCCCGGGGUAACGCCUGCAACCUGCGGCGAACCGACCGGGCCUGCCGUGGUUGCCACUGCUGGUACAUUCGGCGUUGUCGCUUUAACGAGCCCCCCCCCUCCCAUCCGAUGACGUCACGCGCUGGCAGCGCCUCCGGCGGCCACAGCCGGAAGCAGAGGCAGCGGCCGCCGGUACGCGGGCAGGUAAAGAAAAAUCCCGUUACGCACCGUCGUCCGCUUCAAAAAGCGCGCCGCCGCAUCCCAGCACGGUCCGUUCGGUGGAGGAGAGAGAGAGAGGCGGGGGUUCUCGGAUGAGGUUGAGGCGGUGAGGGGAGCUUUGCUUUGCGGGGAGGUGGCCCGUCGACCACACACACCUGGUCCCUUCAGUGUAGUGUGACAGCGCAAGGGGCAGCAUCACGAGCGGUCCCUCUAUGUCGUGUGGCCGCGUGACGACGUGACGAGGGAUGCCUGCCAGCCACUGGGUCCUUGCCGGGAUAUUGACACUCGUCGUCCCUCUGUGGCUGGCCGACGGCGCCUGGGCAAAGCUUGGCCAAAGUGACAACGAAGAGCAGCAGUCCAAGGCGGAGCAGCGUCACCGACCCUGGCAGCGGCGCGGGACGACGGCAUCGCCGGUGCGCGGGUUGGGCGCCCUGCCGGAGUGUGCGGCGCAACAGGUGUGUUCGGCGCUGUACGUGCGCGUGAACCGGACCCAGCCGCUGUGCGCCUGCCCGGCCAACUUCGCCGAGCCCUGCUCGGACUCGGCCGAGCUCGACGAGCACACCAUAAAGCUCGUCUCCAACGACAGGCAGGGCACCUUCAACCUCAUCAAGGUGUGCGAGCCGGUGCUGUCGGUUCGGCGUUGCCAGGAGCCCCGAGACUGGCAGCUGCUGGCGCUGCAGAGCACCCGCACGGGCCGCGCCCACUACCUGCUCGUGUGCCGAUGUCCCACGGGGUCGCGCCUGCUGGGGCCCGUGCGCCACACCACGCCGCCGUACGCCAACAUACCAGGCAUCCGCGUCUACGGCAUGCUGUGCGCUCAGGGGCCCGCCACGUCCUCGCUGCCGCCUAGGGACAGCAGGAACUUCCAGAAGGGUUACUACCCGGAAGCCCCCUGGCCCAGGAUUCUCGAAAUGAUCAAGAAAUCUGGCCUCCAUUACAAGCUCUGAUGUGUAGAUGUAACGACAAUCGCAACCAACGUGAACGCAACGAGGCAGCAGCGAGGCAGCAGCGGCACACGACUUCGGCAGCAACAAAAUGCAACAGGCACGGACGUCAGUGACCUUAUGUUACAGCAAGUGCUGUUGGCACCCCACCAUUGGCGACUAGCGGAUCACUUCACAAACGAGAGUAUUCUUCCAUCCGCUACAUAUUGCGUUUGCAACAGGCUAACAAAAGAACACUGAAAGUCAGCAUCGGCGAUGACACUUAAAAUUUAAGUGUCACAUCCUACAGCUCCGUGGCGGCCAUUUCCUGGCUGCAUUCGGCGCUCAGUUUCACAUGCCCUGUUUCACCACAUUGCAUUCAGCAAAGCAACGUAAGAGGGCCACUAUGCUCGGCGCUACAAGCCGUACAUUAUAUAGAAACAAGAAUGAGUUCAAUAGAAAAUCAGUGAGCACGUAACGCACACACCGCUAUGAAAAAGCUUCGAAAACAUUCAGAAGGCACACCAAUCACCGACACAAACGCAACGGCAAGCUGGCUUCGCCACACGAAAACUCUUUAUGCAGCGAAGCCACCUUGUCGACAGGUGGGAGGAAGGGCACGAAAUUUGCCUAGAAGGAAGCCGCACAAAAGUUCGCCUCCGUUUCUUUCUGUGCUUUUUCUUGUUGUUUUAUCUCCCUGUUGGGUUACCACUCCCCAGUUUUCCCCCCGGAAUGUGCGUGCGCGGUCGAGCGACGACACGCUACAUUUUAACACGUGAAUACGUCAUCCAGAAAAGUUUUUCCCUCUCACACCAAAACAUUGCACGCUAAUUUGAAAAGCACCAGUGUCCUUGUUUCACCAGGAACAUAAAGAAAUCACCAUGUGGGUGUUUCAGACGAACAUUGUAAGACGUUUCACGCUGCUUACAUACGUACGCCUGUUCGCAAUGCCAUAACAGCAGUAGAACGCUGUAGACACAUUUCACAACAUAGGCAUGUGUGAUCUGCCUGUUACAGUUCACCGACUUGCGCCGUAAGGCGUCCGAGCAUGUACUAUAAAGGUAGCACACCCACGCGAAGUGCAGAAGCUAAAUACCCCUCUCCCGACAGCAGAAGGCUCUGACUUGUCGUUCAUUUGGAUCGUUUGUUGUCACCCCUGCCUACCUCUCCUACGUCUGCCAUUUACUGAAGCACAAGUUACUCUCAAACACACAUCGCCAAUAAUACUUAUGAAAAACAAUAAAGCUGCAUACCGAUAAAGCUGCACUGUACAGUGAAAGUGACUGAGGCAUGUGCAUCUCCAAUACAUAAGUGCAAGUCAUUUUCGAGAAAAAGGCAUUGUGUAGCAUUGUGAGCACUGUUCAAAGAUGACACAUUGGGGGGGUUUAGUUUUCACAUGCAGGCCAGUGCCACCUAUCUAUUGUUCCUAGGUACUUGAGCCUGCACACAACACAUCCAGUUGAUACUAUGUGAUGUAUCACAUGGUGUCAACUUUUGCGUUAAGAUCAGCCGACAUACCCCUUCUUUUCAUAAAUUUGGUGUUUUGCAUGUCAUCAAAAUCACAAGGCAUCAAUAGUGUUUGUUUGACUGAAUGUCUUUUUUAAUAGAGCUGUGUCAUUGUUUCUGAGCUAUCGUGCGGGUUAACUGUCUGCAAAAAAAAAAAAGGUAAAUCUAAUAAAUAUAUAUAUAUAUAUUUUUUAAAUCUCACAUUUUAUGUUAAAAAGAAUGGUGGCUAAUGUGAUCAACCUGUACCAAGGACUCUGCUUUUAUGUUACAAAACCCCAGCUAGCAUGGCAUCAUCAUUUUAUCACCAGUAGCUUGUUGCUGUUUGUGAUAACUGGAACUGUAAUGUUAUCUAUUUAUAAUAUGCUUUUUAAAUACGACAGAAACUGCAUUGUGAUUUUCUAGCCGCCAAAGAGCUGUUUACCUUAACAAUAGAACUUACAAGGGAAUUUUUGAACAUAAACAGAUGCUGUAACUAAUGAGCAAGUCACUGUAAAAUCAUUCUUCACAAUGGCUGCUAAGCACUGAUAAAUGAAAUCUACAAACCACCUAUCACUGAAUUCACUGUCGAAGAGCAUGUUACGAAAAAAAAAAAAAAGACUAAGUGAUGCCCCAAAUGUAUUUUGCAAAGUAUUGCAAUUUUAAUAAGCAAAUUUAGUCAUUUUCACACAUUCCAGCUUUCUGUCUCACAUGUUUCAAUUUGAAUUGCAUCGGUGAUCAAUUAUGUCGUUCACUUGAUGGUAAUCUUACAGUGAGCUAACUUGGUGUUUGCCUGUCCAGUUACUUUCUGAAUAAUUCUGAAUAAUUUAUUUCAGAUAACUGAAGUGGGUAUUUCAUUAUAGUGAGCAAGAAUGCUGACAUUGUUUUAGUUUUGUUGGUAUGCAUCAUUUUUAUAGCAGUGCAGAAAGUGGCAAAUGCUGUCAUUACUCGUCUUUAGGUUUAGCAUAAUUGUGGAAAGGUGUUGCUCAGAGGUUUCUAUAUUUAAACGUUCGAUUGCAAGAAGCCAACAUGUGUGUUUGAUGUACAGCUUCAUUUAUGCACUGAAUGCUCAAUAAAGUGUUCCUUCA